AUGGCAAGUACCGCUCCACUUAAACCCGACCGCCGAAAAAACAUCGCGAAGCUCACAAAGGAGAGCUCUGCCCGUCUUCAGAACCAGUACCCACGAACCACGAACCGAUCCACCGACACAAUGGUGACACCACGCCUUGCCCGCUCGCCAACAUGUAUCAGCUGCCUGCGACGCCUGGCACAGCCGCCCCCCUCGCCGCUCUCGCUGAUGCAGACGCAGACCCGGGCGCGGACGACCAAGGCCGAGCUCGAGGACCUGCAGGGCAUUCCCGUGCGCUUGCUGGCCGACAUCCCAGCCUUUGGUCGUAAACGGAGAGCAGACGCCAUCAUCCGCGUGAAGCCGGGCCGCAUGCGCAACUUCUGGUUCCCCAAGGCGCUCGCCGAGUACAUGACGCGCCAGCGGUUCAAGGACAUGGGGCUGACGGAGGCGGCGAUCGGGGUGCGCGACCGCACGUUCGGGUCCAAGCUCGCCAUGGUGGACGGCGAGGACGAUACUACCCAAGGUGAUGGUAUACUGCUGCGAGAGGACAUGCCGGGCAAGAAUAAGCGCAAGGAGGUGCUUACACUGCCGCCCGAGGAGACCCAAGCCCUCCUCACGACCCUCCUCCCCGACAUCCUAACCUUCGCCCGCAAGCCCAUCGCCCCAGCCGCGCCCGCCGAGCCAACACCAGCCCCCGAACCAACAGUCACACGCUCGCCCUCCCUCGCCGCCAACGCUGCGACCUCCACCACCUCCUCCACCACCACCACCACUCCUACCACCCCUACAACACCAACCUCACCCGAAGCCGAGCCCGCCCAACAGCACACCCCCAUCUUCGGCUCCGUCUCCACAAACGACAUCCUAGCCCUGAUCAAGGAGAAACUCCUAGCGGCCGACGCGCAGGGCAGCCGCGUGGCGCUCGAGGCCGAGGCCAUAACGAUCCUAGGGCUGGACGAGGAGGGCGACAGCGACGACCGCAUCAAGCGGCUCGGCACGUUCGAGGUGUUGAUAUCGCCCGGCAGGGAUCUGGAGCCCGUGAGGCGGGUUGUGGAGGUUGUUGCUGAGGAGUAG